UCCGAAUUCUCGUGGUGCUGCUGGUUGCUGGCUUGGUUGAAGAGGUUUCGCUAUGUUAAACUAGUAAUGGUGAAAUUUCUACACUUUUUAAACACAAAUGCUUAUUUUAUAAGCAAAUAUACCUCUUCCCUUGCUUCUACCCUUUCUUUAGUUCAGUCCAAAAGUUUUAGCACCUCCAGAAACAUGUUUAGAUCAGCCGUUUUUAAUCUUCAUGAAGGAAGUAAAGACCAAGUGCAGGAAUUUUUAAAUUCCUUUGACACUGUUUUAACUGACUGUGACGGUGUUCUGUGGAUCGAUAAUAAUGCAAUACCAGGGUCAGCUGAUGCAAUGAAUUAUUUUCGAAAAAUUGGAAAGAAAAUAUUUUACGUAACUAAUAACUCUACAAAGAUCCGCAGUGAUUUUGCAGCAAAAGCACAGCAGCUGGGAUUUAUUGCUAGUCAGGAUGAAAUACUCUCCACAGCAUACCUAGCAGCACACUACCUCAAAGGUAUAGGAUUUACUAAGAAAGUGUACUUAGUUGGUUCUAAUGGUAUAGGAGAAGAGUUGAAGGCAGUUGGAAUAAGGCAUACAGGAAUUGGACCUGAUCAUGUAAAACCAGAUUUCAAAUCAAUGAAGCCAUCAGACCUAGACCCUGAAGUGGGAGCAGUGGUGGUUGGUUUUGACGAGCAUGUAAGCUAUCCGAAAUUCAUGAAGGCAGCCUCUUACCUCGCGUCCGAGGAUUGCCUGUUCAUUGCAACUAAUACUGAUGAGAGGUUUCCAAAAGGCGGCUCUAUCGUAGUGCCGGGUACGGGCACCAUCGUACGCGCGGUGGAGACGUGCUCGGAGCGGAAGGCGCUCGUGCUCGGCAAGCCCCACGCCUACGUCAGGAAGUUUCUUGAGUCCUGCGGGCUGGAUCCGGCGCGGACUCUCAUGAUUGGCGACAGAUGCAACACAGACAUCGAGCUGGGAGUCCGCUGCGGCUUCCAGACCCUCCUAGUGCUAUCCGGGGUCACAUCUCCUAAAGACUUGGAGAAGAUCCGGAAUGAAAAGAAACCGCCGCUACCCGACGUGGUUCUACCUAAGCUGGGCGACUUGAUGUCACUGCUGCCGUCAUAACAUGAUCAACAGUCUAACAGAUUUCUUAAAUAAAGGAACAAUGAAAAAAAUUGGGCAAUACACGAGCUUGCGACUCUGGGAUACCAGUCUGUCGCCUUAACUUACAGUCCGCGACAAAUAUUUCCAUCAUAUCCUUCAUUGUCGUAUGACAAAUCUUAGAUGUGUGUACGACUUAAGGCAUGGCAAGAAGUAAAUUUUUCCAUUGAUCCUAUAUUUCAAAAAUAGUGACAUUGUUAACAGACGGCUCUGUUUAGCGCAAUAUUAGUCCAUAUGAUGAUAAUAAUUCUUAUGGGAUGAUAAUUAUGAAUUUUGGAAUUUCUUAAAGAUAUUUAUUAGACGGAAGCUGUCUAAGAGUUACUACUCAAACAACGAGUGGUGAUAAGGUAGACAAUCUGUUAACCUACUUUCCUGUGAUAUUAAAAAUACAACAGGCAGAACACUACUUCCAUAUAUUCUUUUUAACUCAAAAGGAAUUAUUUUCAUCUAAAGGACUUGACUAGUGUAUUUUAAAUUGGCCUUGUAGUAGUUGCGCCUGACACUAUACGAAUAAAGACAUCGAGUAAGUACUUGUUAUCUACGGCGAUAAAAUCUACUAUUAAAUGAGGCUAGUGUUAUCGAUCUUAGACAAUUAUUAGUGCAAACUAUAGGUUAAUUUUCGUUACGUUGUGAUAACUUAAUAAGCGUUAAUAACGUACUAGGUAUUUUUGAUAUUAUUUUUUGUGUACUUAUUCAUUUUGUUUGUAAAAAUCUUAGCUUGUCGUAAUGGGUUUUUUAAAUUAAUCACGUAUUUAUUGCAUUUAUUUAAAUAUUGCCAACAUAUUUUUUUUUUCUUAUUUUUUCGCGCCGCUCCGUGUUUCAAUAUUCAAAGUGCUGGGAUUUUUACACCAAAUCCACCAUACGAUGAGACCGGCAUGCUCUACGAAGCA